CGCAGGGGCUCGCCUGGAGGAUGUCUCACCCCCUCGGCACAGGUGUCACUGCUGGGGUAGCGCUGGUGGCGAGCUCGGAGCAUGCUGCUGAGGGCCAGCCCCAGGAGGUUUCUGGAGCAGCACCUUCUGCUGGUGGAGAGCGCAGAGCAGCAGCGGCCGGCUCGGGAAGCGCUCCCGAAUCCAUUCAUGACUGAGGAACCUCCCGCCCCAGCCGAGCCCGAGCUGCCGCCCUCCAACCUCACCAACAACGGCACCGACUGCGGCGAGGAGAUCCUGCUCUAUGGGGACACCGAGAAGGUCGUCAUCGGGGCCGUGCUCUCCAUCAUCAUCCUCACCACCAUCGCCGGCAACGGGCUGGUCAUCAUCUCCGUGUGCAUCGUCAAGAAGCUCCGGCAGCCCUCCAACUACCUGGUGGUGUCCCUGGCCGCCGCCGACCUGUCGGUGGCCUUUGCUGUCAUGCCCUUUGUCACCAUCACGGACCUGGUGGGGGGAGAGUGGCUCUUUGGGAAGGUGUUCUGCAAUGUCUUCAUCGCCAUGGACGUGAUGUGCUGCACCGCCUCCAUCAUGACCUUGUGCAUCAUCAGCGUGGACAGGUACCUGGGCAUCACGCGGCCUCUGACCUACCCCGUGAGGCAGAACGGGAAGCUGAUGGCCAAGAUGGUCUUCAUUGUGUGGCUCCUGUCGGCCUCCAUCACCCUCCCUCCUCUCUUCGGCUGGGCCCAGAACGUGACGGUGGAGCGGGUGUGCCUCAUCAGCCAGGACUUUGGCUACACCGUCUACUCCACGGGGGUGGCCUUCUACAUCCCCAUGGCCGUCAUGCUGGUGAUGUACAGCCGCAUCUACCAGGCAGCCAAGGUCAGUGCCGAGAAGCACCGCUUCAUGAACUUCCCCAAGCAUUACGAGGACGAGGGCGUCUACUGCCUCGAGGCCUCCGCCCGCGCCCACCACAGCUCCCGCCGCACCAAGGCCGCCGAGGAGUGCGCCACGCUCUCCAAGCUGCUCCGCCAGGACCGCAAGAACAUUUCCAUCUUCAAGCGGGAGCAGAAAGCCGCCAGGACCCUCGGCAUCAUCGUGGGGGCCUUCACGUUCUGCUGGCUGCCCUUCUUCCUGAUGUCCACGGCGCGGCCGUUCAUCUGCGGCAUCCGCUGCAGCUGCAUGCCCCUGAGGCUGGAGAGGACUCUGCUCUGGCUGGGUUACACCAACUCCCUCAUCAACCCCCUCAUCUACGCCUUCUUCAACAGGGAUUUGAGGACUACUUUCUGGAACCUGCUGCGCUGCAGGUACAGGAACAUCAACAGGAGGCUCUCGGCCGCCAGCAUGCACGAGGCCCUGAAAGCCACGGAGAGGCACGAGUGCAUCCUGUAGUGCCUGACCUCCUGCCUCUCCAUGCCCUCGCU